CCCACCUUCGCGGCGGAGCGUCGUCUGCCACACUCGUCUGUUGACGAGGAAGACGCGAAGUCGGCAGGGUGCGCUCGGGGUGGGGGCCAUGGCAGCGACCUUCAAGCCGGUAACACACGUGCUAUUCGACUUGGACGGCGUGAUUUUGGACACGGAGAAGUUGUACACGAAGGCGGUGCAGAGAGUGGCCGACGGGUAUGGCAAGCAGUACACGUGGGAGCUCAAGCAGCGGGUGAUGGGCAUCCCGGGAAAGGAUGCGGCCCGCCUGGUCAUCGAUGGCCUCGGCCUGCCACUGGCCACCGAGGAGUACCUCAAGGAGAUGGACCGCCUGUACGCCGAAAUGUUCCCCAGCGCCGAACUCAUGCCUGGUGUGGAGCGACUGGUGCGCCACCUGCGCAAGCACGGCGUGCCCAUGGCGAUCGCCACCAGCUCGAAGCCGACCUCGUUCGAGCUGAAGACGUCGAAGCACCGCGAACUGGUCUCCCUCUUCCACCACGUGGUCAUGUCGGGCAGCAACCCGGAAGUGAAGCAUGGAAAGCCCCACCCGGACGUAUUCCUGGCCGCCGCCUCACAGUUCGAUGAGAAGCCGAACCCCGAGAAGGUUCUGGUGUUCGAAGACGCGCCGAAGGGCGUCACUGCCGCCCUCGCCGCCGGAAUGCAGGUCAUCAUGAUCCCCGACGCUCGCAUGGACGAAGAGAACCGGCGUCGGGCGACGCUGUGCAUCGCCUCGCUCCUUGACUUCAAGCCCGAGUCAUUCGGACUGCCGCCCUUCGAGAACGGGCUCAACGACGGGCCCAAAGACGGACCCAAAGACGGCCCCAAGGACGGGCCCAAGGACGGACCCAAAGACGGACCCAAAGACGGACCCAAAGACGGACCCAAAGACGGCCCCAAGGACGGGCCCAAGGAUGGACCCAAGGACGGGCCCAAGGAGAAAAAGGAGUGAGGCAGAAAGGCGGAACGAGUGCUCGGCCACUGUGUGAACCGUCUCGACUACCACUCGGCGUUGCCACUAGGCGCCGCACGCCUUCUCGUCACUGAAGCGGCGCGCAGAACACCCUGUCAGGCUUAGCUGCCUUCCUCCUCGCGAAUGGAGUCUUCUGCGCGCCCCCAGGCGGUAAUUUUCGCGUCUCGCGGUGUCUCGCGAGAUUUACUCGUUACGCAGAAUGAGUCGAAGGCUCCUUCUAGGGCAGCAGCGCGGACGCACGAGCUAAAGCCUGUUAGUGUGUAACAAUACUUGUGUACCUUUGUGUUUCGUAUAGUGACACCGGCCGUUGUUGGCAAAAUGCUCGCUCGAACCGAGAAUCUUUACCUGUUCAGGUCGCAAACCGCUUAUAUUUUGUACAGGUGGCGUAGAUUGUAUAUGUGUAAGUACGCGCCCCGCUUCCAGCCUUACUCGGUACCACGAGAACAUUCCGAAAUCAACCACGCCUCUUUCCUUGUGACGCAUCUGUUUACGUCUUGUGUGUGCGAUACUCACGUUUGUUUCCCAGUGCUAGGGGGGAGAUACCGAGGGCUGAUUGUAAUUAUAAGCGCAUGUUCACUUAUUCUGGUAUUCACGUAGUGACGUGCUUGCCUUUCCUGCUGAGAACCUCUCCUCUCUUCCAAGUGCCUCUAAGCAAAAAUAUACGCGUCUGACGGCCAUUGACGAGCUCGCGAUGUAUGUCAGCAGCUUAAUACAACGGAUGCCAUCCGUGUAAGCCUGCUGACGUUGACGGCGGUAACGUCAGCUGUUGUUUGAGCAAGAUUCGUCUUGCAUGACUUAAUUAAACCUCUACUUAUAGCGCUUAAUGUUCAGAACCCUGUCGAUUUUGAGCGCAGCAUGUGUUGAUGUGACCCGGCAUACGUGUUAUGUUAUUAACAAGGCCUCACGCAGCGAUCCUUGCAAAUUUCUGACGGGGACCGUGCCUGCAGGGCAACAAGUUGGCCAAUACUGUCCGCGAACGAUUUAUCGGUGGUCUAGGUUGCACAGCAGUAAAGACAAAUCUUAUGACACACAUUUUGAGAACAUGCCCGCUAACAACCCGUUGCUGCUUCGGCGCACUCCGUAAAAGCAAAGGGAGUGCGAGUAACUCUUAGGGAGUGUCUUGUAUGGGCCUCUUGGUGCUGGAGUUUGAGUUAUAGUAGCGGCGCCUGGUGGCGGCGAGAAAAGUUAUCUGGGUAGUACCAGCUUGCGUAGUAUUGAGCCCUGGCUGUAGCGAAGCGCGUUUCUAGCCCGAGUUUUGCGUUGAUUCGCACUUUUUUUCUGCCCUGUUGCGAGUGCGAAAAGGCUCGUCACUUCUCAUAGACCACUCCGACCGCGCUGCGAGCUGGCCGCAACCUAGUUUUACGAAAACGGACUAUCCAUGUGCCGUCGGACGUAAUACUGGAAGCAAAAGGAAUCGGCGACGCUGAUCUGGCGACCUAACUCAGCAUCGAAAAAGCGUCACCGUCGUUACUGCUGUGUCGUGGGCUGCCACGAGCAAGAAGGCCUGAAUCGCAACAUCAGAUUCUACCGUUUUCCUUCAAGGCCUCACGCAGCGAGAGUUAAAUGUGCGCAUCCUUGACCUCAAGCCAACACGUUAACGCAGGGCAGCCAGGCAGUAUUGAUUACAGCACAUCGAUGUUCGAGCCCUAUCAUUAAGAGUUACAUCAAGCGAGCAGCGCAGGAGCUCGCGCUGCUGCGCGCGAUUCGCACGUACAUACGUUACUGCGAGCUCAUAUGGAUUGCAUCAGUUAUGUAUCAGUUGCUAAAGGGACAGAUGGCCGCUACUACAGCGCAGGCAUAACCCCUUAUCUAGCGGCAUGCAGUCAACAAAGAUUGCAGAAGGCCCGCCGUUUCGCGGCAUGCUGAAAGACCGCUGCCGUCGCGGCGCGUACGAUCGUGCGCUCGAGCAGUUCCGUACGCAUGAUACCUGCUUAUCACUGCUGUGAAUUGAUUUAUAGCAAGCAUUUCCUCGCGUUUGUGCGCCUGAAUCUAGCAGCGUGCAAACCUUAGCUGAAGUUCAACUUCGUACGCGCUUCACUUGCGAUUGACACCGCACUAAAACUUCGCCGCUUAAUUCUUGAACGGUGUAGACGUAUUUGGCGUUGCAUAAUUUCUAGCCUUUACAAUAUCGUGCCACCCCUGAAAAAAAUUUUAGGCGUCCGAUAUCCGCUGCAGGCUGUGGUACAACACAACCGAUCGUGGCGGGUCCAUAUUGUAAACGUGCUUUCCGAAGCAGACGACCGAGCUUGCUACUACCCAGUUCAGGACAGAGGGCGCUCUUUAGCACCAUUUUCGCAGCGCCCCCUGGGCAAAGCAGGGGCCCCAUAUUGUUCCUCUUUCGCGAGUUGGCUAGAAUGUUAUGUUUACUGUUCGGGCAGUUUGCGAAACGUCUUUUAGGAAGCCUCACGCAACAUUUUACUUGCAUGCUUUGGUUUGUGUCAUAUUGUCUAAAGCUUCUUUUGUGCUAAUGACCGAAAAAAACACGAAAGAAUAGGAAUAAAUGCAUAACGGUGUACCGUAACGGUGUGCACAAGAACAUAGUAGGAAACGUGUCAUUCACAGACAGCAUGCUAGGUGGCGCCACAAAACCGCACCGCAGGAAACGGAGCCUCGGCAAGGGGCUUGUUUGGCACACCUCUGUGCAUUUCUUCCUGUUAUUUUUGUUUCGUCAACGUGCUGCUAAUUUGGCACUUGACUUGAAGUGAUAGUCAAGGGUGCUUGCCUUAGCGGCACAGUGUCCAAGAGACCCGCACUUGCUGUCGCAAGUCCUAUCACUGGUAUCUUUAUGCGAGCAGACUAUAGCGUCUCUAUUUAGAGCGGGUGAGAGGACCGCCAAACAAUAUUUUUGCGGACAGUCUUGGCCAAACUGUUGCCCGCUUGGCAGCGCCUGCAAAAAAUUACCGCUGUAACCGCGACUAUACGAGUAAGUUUCGAUUUAUCGCGUUGUUAUGUUUUGUAUUCUGUCCUUCCAUGGAAACCGCACACCUAGCACUGCCUUGGAAGGAUGUUUACGUAACACGUAGACGGCCGUCGUGGAGAAGCGGCUGUCGUGCGGCAUUAACUUAACCGUAUUUCUUGCUCGCGCUUACAGCUUCGUCGCUGUUUUGAAAUAUUUCUGAGCUGAACAGUGUCACAUCCUCGAAAGAGAGCGUCCUAAAGUACUUUUAACUACAAAAAUAACUGUUUGCACUUUGCUGCGUCUUAUGGUUAAUCUUUUGGGUGUAACUGUGUGUAAAGCAGAUAAGAAUCGAAGAACGAAUUAAUCAGGAACGCUAUUUUUUUUGCUCAGUGUAUUAGGCAUGGUUGAACAUGCAUAUAGGGACAUUCUAUGGCGGGGCCUUGUAAAGUAAAAUACAGCACUCGGACCUCCAGGUUGAUCAUACAGGGGCCACUCUCACAGCUCACAGCUGUAAGCGGACCCGUCUGUAAUGUGGCUGUGAAUCCAAUUCUCUCACUGUUGUUUGUUACCACUAGACGAAUGAAUGUAAAUUACUUGCAUGUAUAAUUGUAUGAAAGGACCAAGUUUUAUCCGUGCGGUUUGUUUAUGAAGUGUUUGUGUUUUAUGCCAGCUUCUUGUGUAGCUAAAUUUGAUUAUACCAAAGACAUAAUCACUGUCGACAACACGAAACCGUUCUCUUUUAUUGUUGUUUUUUCUCUCUGGAUGGCAAAUGUGACAUUCAGUACAGCAGUCUGCUUGCCGAUGGACGUUCCGUUGGCAGCAUAGCCUGUAGCGCACCUGUAUGCAAAGUACACGUGGGAUUCUGGAAAAAAAAAUCAGACUCAGUUAAAUGUACUUUUGGUUCAUUUAUUUCAUUCAACCGAUUUUAUAUCGCUGUCACAUGGCGCAUGUAAUGCCAUUCGCAGCGAAUGAGAUUACGUGUCAAUUCCAUUUUUUGUUGCUUCUACACGGGCAUAGUGAAUGGCAUUCACAGCUAAUGGCAUUCGCCCAUUGAAUCAGUUUCCUUAGGGCCCAUUCACACUUGCGACUAGGCCAAGUCGCGCGACCGAUUGUGACUGGCGACCAAAAACUACUCAAGUCGAACGAUGUUCACACUGACAAAUGCGACCGACGAGUCGCUAAACCGAAAUGUCUCACGCUAUGCCGUUCAUGUCUGCUUGAAAUGCAAUCGCCUCGUAAAAUAAGCGUCAGCGUAUACGGACGUCCUGUUCCUUCGCAUCUGAUUGGUUCAGCUGUUCUGCGACUGCAGUCGCGCGACCGAAAAAUCGAGCAGUGAGCGACUGGCCCGAAACAGUCGCAUUUCGAGAAAAGCGACAAUUUGCGACUACUUGCGACUGGUCGCUUUGCGACUAACUUGGUCGCGCGACCUCGCCUAGUCGCAAGUGUGAAUGGGCUCUAACUCAUGCACGCGCGACUUGUGUGAUCUCGACGACAGGGGCGUGGCAAAAAAAUCUAUAAGUUAAAACGAAAUUUAAUAUAUUUUGAAAUAACCUUCCCAUGUUCACUAUUGUAUUGCUAACAAUUUUGGGAACAUAUGUAAACAAGAAGCACGAUUUGUAAGGUCUCGUUAUCAUAGCAGCCUGCCGAUAAACAUUGCCAUCAAUUGCGAAUGCCAUUUUGUUUACCCGUGUAAAGUCCGCAAGACCGCAAUGACAUUCAGUAUUAAUGUCAUUUACUGCAAAUGACAUUACAUGUGUCGUGUGACAGGGGCAUUAGAUUGCAAAUUUGCCAUGCCCAAGUUUCUCGCUGUUUAAGGGUCGCCUGUUGCCUGUUCGUAGGGAUAGAUUAAUUUUGGUGGCACCAUUUUUUUGUACGCCAAUAACUAACGUGUCGUUUGACUGCGCAGUACAAGUAAAAGUGUGAAACAGUGUCACCGGCCGACGAAGGCGUAAGAUUUGCUCGGAAAGGAUAGCACCGAUCAAUGAUGUCACCCACAAAUUAAGCGGACUGCGCAUGUUUUCUUAGAAAACAUGCGCCAUGGCUAACUUUUUCCUACAUCCUGCAUGACAAGUAAUUGGCGCGCUGUUCUUAGAAAAUCUAAAAGCACGUGUCAUACUAGGCUAACUCUGUACAAGAUGCUGAUGUACAUAUUUGUUUCCUCGUACCAGGUGUGAUACGAAAGUAUACCGAAAAAGGAGAAAAAAAUUCAGUAACUGUAAAUAGGCAGAAAGUUGCACGAUGCGAUUGUCUCGAAAAUGCGCGGAAUUACGUGGGAGUGUUGAGAGAACCGAUAAUAUUAGUGCCAGAAUCGUUACAUUUAUCACAGGCAGACGAUGCUGCUGAGCAGAAAUGUUUGACGAUAAUUCCAAGGUGGCAGGGUACUACUGUUCGAAGCCUGAACAUGCUUUUAAUAUGCCGAUGACGACUAUACAUGCAAUUAUCGGGCAUAUUGUGUUUGCGUGUUCUCGGUAUCCAGGCAGAUGUAAAUGGGGAUGCAAUAACUCCGCCCGACGCCUCUAGUUACGAAAUUAUACAGGAAAGGGGAGGGGGGUAAUGAAUCUGCCACGAGGAAUACUGAAAGACGGCUGGAAUUCUACAAUACAACAUACAUUUAUUUGUCUUCAAGGUACAAAGUUCCAAAUAACAAAGAGCGGACUCCGGGCAGAAAUCGGCUUUCUGCAGCUUGAGAACCGGCCUGCGCCCGUCGGUCACAAGUCGUUCGGACAGAUGCGUUGUACACGCAAAAUGCAGGUUAGCGACACCGACCAUUACUUGAAGACAGUGAUUGAGGUUCAGUGAAUCCGAUUUGCUUUCAUCGGUCGAAAUACAAGCAGAGUAAACACGAGUAAAGCAAUUAUGUAACGCAGGCACUUCUACGGAAACGUACUGACUUCAGUAGCCCAAAUAUGCAAACACUGAUAUAAAUAGUAGACGGACGUGUACAACAUUAAGUCGUGAAACAAGUGACAACAUGAUUACUAAACAUUCGAUAUUGAUAGUGCAAAACCCGGAAACAUUAAUACAUUUCAGGCAAUAAAGUUAUGCGAUGUUUAAUUGCUUGUUAACACAAACAGCGCGCCUUAAGGGGCGAUAAGCGCCGAAGUAAACACAACUUGGCGGGAUCAGCGGCCGUCCCAUUUCAAGUGGGAUGAUCUAAUAUCUAUCGAUUCAGCAACUGUACAAGCCGUGUGCUGCAAAAUUCACGCAACUGAAGUGCCAGUUGUGGGUAUCAAUUGUAACUAUUCUGACAAUAAGAUUUUUUUAAUCGGACGCCUUCCUGUGGAUUUCUGUUAAAGCAGCAUGAUGUCUGACCUGUCUAUGCUUUUUUUAAUGACUAACUUUUUACUUCUUUUCUGGUACUUCUGGAUCACCCAGUACCUGUGCCUCGUUGAUGGGAAAGUUCGUCGUCCACGUGUAUACAUUUUCCUUCAGCCAUGCAUCUUGUUGUUGAAACGUUGCCAGGAAACUUCGUCGUGGAGUGCAAGUGAUCUGUCGAUCAAGGUUGUGGCGGAGCGAAAGGUUAUACGGCUGUCUUGCAGAACCAAACUGGACAGUCUUGCGUUUAACGUUUCAGAGAUUUGCAUUCCUUUCGUGCGUGUCCUAUCGGCCUCGAAAGAUGUUCAAACGUGUGAUAACCGGAGCACCAGGCAGCGUAUAUUUCAUAUCGUUGGAACGCAUUAUUGUCACUUUUAACUUGGAAGCGAGACUGUAUAGUUUCGUUCGAGCUCACCUGGACGUACAGGAGUGGGCACAUGCACUCACGUGCGCGCAUUGGCAUCUCGGUCAUUUGCGCGUGACGAUUACCAGGCUCGCUUUGGUGCUGUUGUAACUCUGGUACAAAUGAUCUAACAAGGAAGUGAUUGCAAAGGGUUUGUUGGAUAUUGUCUGUUGAUUGGUGAUGUUCGUUGAUUGUUGAAUAAAGAAUAAGUACUGGUGA